AUGUGGAAAGUCGAAUCAAACAAAGCCUACCCAUUCCGCCAUAAACACGCAAACCACUUCCCGCCUUCGCCGUCUUCGGGCGACAUUCUCGCAGAGGAAGGAGAGGGGAAUCGUUGGUCGUAUCAGCUCUCACCAACGCCUUUCUCAGACGAAGAAGAAGAAGAAGAAGAAGUCCCCAUCUUCUUCCGCAGCCCAUCCGAAGAACAGGAACGAAGAAUAAUACUCUCGACACAAACAAUGUCGCCCUCUCGCCUCCCAGCAGCACAACAGCCAAAUUGGCCACUCAUUCCACCACCGUUGUUAGCACUCCCACCACCUCCUCCUCCACCGCGAGCCCCGACACCACCACCACUACACAUCUCAACCCAACGCCACAAACCAAAACCACGCCCCCUACCACCCACCCGCCCCCUCCUCCUCCCACCAAACCUCUCGCCCUUCAGCGAACCACCGACGCCGUCCUCCCAAGCACCGCAAACUCUCACGGGACUCCUCACAGACGUGUUAUCGAUCAUGAAUAGCAUCAUGUCGCAGCAGGCGUUGGUGGCGUCCGAGAACGAGUUGUUGGAGGAUUUGACGGAGUUGGUGGUUAUCCUGCAGGAGGAGGCGGAGGAGAUGUUGGCGAUGGCGGAUUUGGUGGAGGAGUUUGUUGAGGAGGUUGAGGUUGGGGAGGUGGUUGGGGGGUUGGAGGUUUGGGCGGGGGAGUUGGGGUUGGGGUUGGGGAUUGGGGGGGUGGGUGGGGAUGGAGAUGGAGAGGGGGAGUGGGAGGAGGAGUAUGGUGGUGGUGGGAGGGAGAGGGAGAGAGACGGGAGGUGUGGGCAUGAGAGGGAGGAGUCGUUUGAUUCGGGGGUGGGGAUGGAGAUGUCGGAGGAGGUGAGGGAAGAGAGGGAUAGAGAUGGACAUGUGGGGGAAUUGAGACUUUCGUUGUACAGGCCGAAAGAAGCGGGGCGGAGAGCGGAGGAUAGUGGAGGGAGGCUAAAGGAAAUUGAGAAUGGGCGUAGGUCGAAGAGAGAUAAGAAAGAAGCUACCAUGAGCCGGGAGCUGGUCAAGGUUGAUAGAGGAGAGAUGGUGCUUUCGUCAAAGCCUAAGAAAGACAGGCAAAGAGGCCCUCCGCUACAAUUCCGAGACUCGGGGCUAGAGUUGCUUAGUCCCCAAAACAGUCCGAAAAGGAACAGAAGUAGUACAAAACCAAGGUGGAUAUGA